AUGGCCAUAACCUCGGCUGCAGCAUCAAAACAAUCUUCUUCUGGCACUCCUCCAGCAACAUGGCUCAGCUCAUUCUUCGUCGAAAAAGGGGCAUCUUUCAAGCAAUUUGGAGGCUCAAAGAGACAGAAGAUCAUCGGUAACAAAAUUAAGGAUCAAGAACUUGAUCGAAAAAAGAAAUCUAGCGAUCAUGGUCCGCAUCAAUUGGCUGUACCAGAAAUCAAUAAGCCAAUUCAUGAAGCAUGCGAAGAGUAUCUCUCCCCCAGUGAAAAUCAUGGUUCGGUGACCUUGGAAGAUCCAGCUGUUGUGAAAAGUAGUGCUAUUAAGAACCCCUUCGAGAAAAAGCAAUCUACAAUGUUAAAGAAGAGGCCUGCACAGCUCACUGUACCGGCAUAUUGCCCGGCUUCAGAUUUCGGUCAAGUAGGGAAAAUUUUGGAGAGGAAGGAAUUUCAGACGGAAGGAAAAGGUUUUGCCAUGGCUAGUAAGAAAGGAAGGAGAGAAAUAAUGGAAGAUGGGCAUGGUGUCAUGCUAGAUAUUUCAGGCAACCCUAAACAAGCAUUUUUUGUGGUGAUUGAUGGGCAUGGAGGCCGAGCUGCAGCUGAUUUUGUAGCUGAAAAUCUCGGAAGGAACAUAAUGAAUGAGAUACAGUUGUUGGGAAAUGAUGGAAACAGGAUUGAAGCAGCAGUACGCAAAGGUUACUCGGUCACGGAUGAGCAAUUCCUUAAUCGGAAGGUGAAUGGUGGAGCUUGUGCAGCUAGCGUCCUGGUCAAGGAUGGAGAACUGCACGUAGCAAAUGUAGGCGAUUGUAAAGUAAUCCUUAGUAGAAAAGGAGUAGCUACUGCAUUGACUAAAGAUCAUCGCCUCACCAGGGAGGAUGAGCGUAUUCGCAUCGAAAAAUCGGGUGGUCUUUUGCAUUGUCGAAAUGGUGUUUGGAGAGUGAAUGGAACCCUUGCAGUUUCCAGGGCAUUUGGUGACCUUUACUUGAAAGAUCAUGUCAUUUCUGAACCGGAUAUUUUGCAACUUCCUUUAACUUAUGACUGUGAUUUUCUGAUCAUGGCUUCUGAUGGAUUGUGGGAUAAGGUAGGUGAUCAGGAGGCAGUUGAUGUGGUAUCAAGUAAGAAGGAUUCAUUGGAGUCCUGUAAGGAGCUUAUAGCUAUGUCUACCAGCCGAGGUGGUGUGGAUGAUAUAACAGUGAUGGUGAUUAACCUUCAAAAGUUUGUAAAUUAGUGGCAGGAAACUCUAGUUAAUCUCAAGCGCAGUAUGUAGUAGGCCAUAUGUAGAAACAGAAAUUUUAUUCAUCAUCCCCAUGUAAUUAAUUUUGUCCUUCUUGAUGCCAUCCUAAAGAAGGCGAGGAUGAUGAGUAAAAACUUCAUCUUGUCAUGUUUCCGUCAUGAAUAGAGGGUAAAUGUAUAGCCAUAGCAAAAAAGGUUGCAAAUUGCAGCCUUUAAAUUAGCAUGUAGUA